AUGCCCUAUUCCAUUACCAUCGAUCCCAUAGAUGGGAAACCUGGCAAACCAGGCCAAGUUUACUACCCCCUCGCUCUCAAGACCGUUCCCAUCCCAACCCCACAAGGCAGCGAACUCCUCAUAAAGCUAACGGCUGCUGCUCUUAAUCAUCGAGACCUUUUCCUCCGCCAACACCUGUACCCGGGAGUAACUUUUGGUGUACCUCUGCUAGCGGACGGAGUCGGCAUCGUAAUCUCCACUGGCCCAGACGUCAAUGAGCCUCAAUCAUGGCUCGGAAAGCGAGUUAUUCUGAACCCGGGAACCGGCUGGGAUGAUUCAGAGGAAGGCCCCGAGUCUCCAACGGGAUACUCAAUCAUGGGCGGAACAAAGUUCAAUCCUAAGGGAACACUGCAGGAAUAUGUCACGCUUGACAUAGGUGAGGUUAUAGAGGCACCUACGCACUUGACGGAUGCGGAGGCAGCGGCGUUGCCGCUGGCGGGCCUCACGGGAUGGCGAGCGCUGGUGACGAAGGCCGGAGCGAAGAACUCGAGCAAGGGGGCUGCCAUUGUGAUCACCGGCAUCGGCGGUGGAGUUGCACUGAUGGUACUAAAGUUCGCUGUUGCGAGGGGUGUGCAUGUGAUUGUGACGAGCGCGAGCGAGGAGAAGAUUAAGAUGGCUGUGGCGCUGGGAGCUAAGGGGGGAGUAAACUACAAGGACAAUGAGUGGGAAAAGAAGGCAUUGGCGUUGCUGCCGCCUGGCAAGAAGAAUUUCGACGCUAUUAUUGAUGGCGCCGGCGGUAAUUCGAUUGAGAAAGGGGUUAAGUUGCUGAAGGCUGGCGGCGUGAUCUCCGUAUACGGCAUGACCGUCUCGCCUAAGAUGCCAUUCAUCACUCCUGCAUUCCUCAGAAACAUUGAAGUCAAGGGAUCGACUAUGGGGUCUCGGAAGGAAUUCAGGCAAAUGAUAGCUUUUGUCAAUGAACACAAGAUCAAGCCUAUUAUUUCUCGCGUUGUACAGGGAAUUGAUAAUAUCAAGGCCAUUGACGGGCUGUUCGAUGAUAUGAAGAAUGCAAGCCAGUUUGGCAAAUUGGUUAUCGAGAUUGGAAGCACUGGUGAUAGUAAGUUGUGA